AUGAGAGAAGAAGUUUUAUCUAUACGUCAAAUUAUAUCGAAAGAUUGGAAUUUUGGAAAAUAUGUAGAAACACAAAUGGAAGAAAAGUUUAAUCAAAUUGAACAUGAAAAGAUUACUGAUACAAUUCAAAUAGAUCAAAACGUUCCGAUUUCCACAAAUUUAAAUACAAAUAUUUUGAAAUUAGAAAUGGAAAAAGUUUCAGCAACUGAAAAUGUUUACAUUGAAUGUAAAUUAAGAAAUUGUCAUCAAACAACGUUGACAACGAAUGGAAGAGAAGAAGAAGAAGAAGCAAAAGAAAUAAUUUAUCAGGCAACUCAAAAAGAAUCAAUCAACAAUUCUUUUAACUUCGUUGAUUAUCAGGAAACAUUAUCCGGAAUAGAAGUUCACCUUUGUAUUCCAGAAUUUAACAUAACAACAGAGAAUUUUACAUUUUCUGAAGAAUACAGCAAACAAUUAUUGCAUAAAUUUGAGGAAAAAAUGGAAUAUGUAGGAACGCUUAAAAUGUCUAAUAUUGAAACUACAAUAGCAAAUAUCAGAGAAUAUAAUCAGGAAUUAACUGAUUCAAGUGAUCUAUAUCAGCAGAUUAUAGUUCAGGAAAUGGCUCAAGAAUGUACCAGAAUUAUUGCUGAUAAACUUAUGAUUCACGCAAGUGAAAAUAUUACGCAAAAUAUUACUUUAUCUGAUCAAAUAGAUCAAUGGACGAUUGUUCCGGAAGAGAUGAAUGUUCAAGAACGUAUGAAUUUGCAAUCAAUUUCUGAAAGUUUCAUCACGCAACAGUCUACAAUUUUAGAAAGCAAUCGGAAUAGUUUUCUGGAAAUAUCAUCAAGUAUCAAAAGUAAUAGAACGGAGAAUACAUAUGCUAAGUAUCCGGAAACUGAACAUGAGAAUGAAGUAUUAGCUAUUGGAUGGAAUAAAGUUAUAAGAAGAGCAUCAACGGAAAAAUUGAUACCAAUCGGAGAAACGCAAACGGAAAAGUUAUCUACUAUAGCAAUUACGGAACAGAAUGUUGAGUUUUCGGGAAUGAUUGGAAAAAUGGACGAUCAUUUUGAUAGUAUUGAGCUAAAGCGCUCUUUGAAAAUAUCUACCACUGAUGAAAAGCAAUUAAUGAUAGCUUCUGAAAGUCGAGAAUAUUCUUUGCUUAAGAAAUCUUCCGCUCAGGAAUGCGGUAGUGUAAUGCGAGAUUUGGAAAUUAUUCAAAUUAGCGCACAUAUUAUGGAAUAUGACGCAGCGCAAACAGUAAUUACAGGUUUCUUCGCAAAAUUGGAACAGAAGAAAAUAGCAGAAAAAGUUGAAGUGCAACUUGCUACUUCAAUAAAACUUAAAAGUUAUUUUGACACAAAGUUUGCUAAUUUCGAAUCUGUCUUGUUGGAUAUACAAUUAAAAUGCAAUCGUAAUGCGGAAUCGGCUGAAAGUUUUAUUAGCAUUGCGCAAAAACCAAUUGUGAAAUUCAUUAUAAAUCUGAAAGGAACACUAAUGAGUGUAUUAAAAACACAAGUGGAACAUAUAUCAAGCGUUGGACGUGUUUUUCCGGAUGAGAAACGUGAAAGGACUUCUGUAUGCAUUCAUGAAUUUGAUAAUGAACAUCAACAAUAUAUGGCGCAAUGGGAUGAGAAUGCGCUAUCAGCUGAAGUAUAUGUAGAAUUGAAAGAGAUAACAUGCAACGUUGAUGCAAUUAAGCAAGAAAAUAUUCAAAUUAACAAGCAAAUCGGAAAACCGGAAUUUAUGGAAUUUACAAAUGAAACAAUUUCUCUUAAAUUGCAUGCAUCUGAAAUUGGUGAGUGGAGAAUUGUUGAAGAAAACACUGAAACUGUAUUCGAACAAUUUGAUGAACAAAUAACUAAUGAAACAAUAAAUAUUACUAUUGCAUAUUCUGAGAAGCAAAUUGGAUCUUUUCAAGAAUUUAAUUCUAUCUCAACCGAAACUAUUGUUCAUUUUGCAAAAAUUAUGAUGGAAAAAAUUGAAAAUUAUGCAAGUGAAAUAUCAAAAAGAAGCAUUAAUCAAUACUGGAAGGAAUAUUUGAAUUUAGAAGCUAGUCGAGAAUGCAACGAAAAUUUGGAAUUGGAACAAUCAUUGAUAAAAAUUGAACAAAUUGAAAUGAUUAAACGUAUUCUACGUGAAGUAAAUGCUGAAAAAAUUAUUGCAAAUAUUGCUGCCUGUUCAGAAAUUAACGAAACAUAUACAAUGAUAUUUGAUAAACAAUCACAACAACAAUCAUUAAAAAUUAUUCAAAAUGAUAUAAAUCGAGAAUGGAUUCUCGAUGAGCAAAAAUAUGUUGCACAAAAUGAAGUAACAAAAUUUGUAGAUGCAAUAUGGAAUACAAUUGUGAACGAUUCAAAUAUUGCUAUUAAUAUUUGUGAAUUUAACCGUGAGCAAAUAACGCUUAAUACUAAAGCUAGUGAGGAAAUUUGUUUGGAAUGUAAACAAAUGCUUUAUAUGAAAUCAGUUGAUGAGAAUGCCUUCGCACACUUUCAUACAAACACCGCUGUUUCAGGCGGUGAAAGACAAUUUAAAAUAGAAUGUAAAAUGAAUGAAAGCAUUUUGGCACGUCAACAAGAAGAAUUAUUUGCUGAAAGUGUACAACAAAAAGCAAUAUUACAUGCGGAAAAUUUGACUGAAUUCAUAGCGGAAAGUACCGCAGUACAAGCAGAUGCUGGAAUUUUAUUGAUACGCCGUUCCGCAACGCAAACAACGGAAUCUGCUUCACAUAUUAUUGGCAUUAUCUUAACGUUAACACAACAUUUUGAAGCACAGCAUGCUCAAGAAAUAACCAAUGAAGCAAAUGUGGAAUUUUCCAUUCCGGCAUCAAAUCUAGAAGUGGAAGAUAAUAUCUGUAAAUCAGUUAUCAAUCGAAGUGUCGUCAAUUUGGAGACUAAUUAUGCGAAAGCAAUAGCAUUACAAGAAAAUGUUGAAUUAAUCAAUUCACGUAAAGUAUUAGCUGAAACGGAGAGUACUUUGAAAGGAAUGCAUACGGAUAGUGUACGUGAAAAAAUGAGAGAAACAAAUUCGGAAGGUUUUGAAAUUUUAUCACAAUGGACUACUGUUGAUCGAGAUUUAGAAGCAGAAGUAAGCUUAAAACAUAAGCAUAACAUUGUGAGUAAAUUGUCAACAAUAGCAAUUAUCGAAGAAGAAAUUUCAAUUGAUGAAAAAUGGAUAGCAACGGAAUGUAAUUUGGAAAUAUGCAAAAGCAGAAAUAUCAUUGUAAACGAGCAUUGUCAAUGUAAUUUACAAAUUGAAUUUAAUGAGGUGACAAUAGAAUUGGAAAAUUAUGAAAAGAAAGAAAAUUACGAGAUAUUAUGGAAUGAUAAAAAUUAUGAUACAUUAGACGUAAACGUGUACGAAACAAUUUUGGAAAAGUUAAACGCAAUAAUUAAUCUUCAUCGUGUAUCAAAUAUUUUACCGAAACAAUCAGCAAAUGAAUAUAUUUGCCGUGAUCAACAAUUUCUCGUAGCACUUCCAUUAUACGUGAAAUGUGACGAGAACAAGGAUAAAACAAAUUAUACAAUUUUAGAAAUUUGUUUGAAACAAAAUUUAGUGGAAGAAUAUAUUCAAACAAUUCAAACUAUGGCUAAUUGGAUGAAAAUGGAAAUUUUUGAAUGUGAACAAGCUGAGAAUGAAAAAUUUCAUAUGGAUGUGAAAUUGCAAGGAAAACAAUUAUUAGCAUCGUUGGAGGUAGAAUUAGUAUGGCCUGAAAUUAGAAAAGGUGAUAAGAUGGCUAUUGAUAUGAUAGAAUAUGUGGAAGAACAGAUAACAAUUUAUGCACAAAUAGCAUGCAAACAAAUAUCAUUUGAUGAAUUUAACAAAACAAUUAUCAUAAGCCAAAAGUCAGAACCACAAAUGCUAAUGACAAGUACCACAAAAGAAGAAAUUGUAAAUGGAUACGAUGAAUUUAGGAUAGUACCACAAGAAAAAGCUACUACUUUUGUGAUAAUUAUUGGAAAUAAGGGUGAAUGCUUAUCAGUAUGGUUGCAAGAAACCAAACAAAAUUUUAUCACUAUGGGAUUUCAGUAUAAUGAAGAAAGUGAAAUGUAUGAAACAGAGGGUAAUUUUACUGACAAACGUUUUGGUGGUAAUUAUCAACUGAUAACAAAAGCGACAAGAAUAGAAGAUAGCAAUGUUAGCAUGAUAAUGUCACAUCGAAUUGCAAAUGAAGCAAUUAAUAAAGUUUUCAAAGAGAGCGCCAAAAAUUUUGCAACAAUGGAUAUGCUAGCGGCAACAUCAAAAGUAAUACUGGUAGAUAUUAAUCGAACAAAAGCGCCACAAAUGCCACAAAUAGCAACAAUACAAUAUUAUUGCUCUCGAAGAGGGGAACCAAUUAAAAGAUAUUUUCGAGAAAUCAACGAAAUUAUUCAUACUGUACAUGCACAGUUUAAAAUUAAAGAAGCUUCAUUGAAAUUUACGAUUGCUUGGAGUGUUCCAAAUUAUGGUGGACAUUUUAUUUUGAAUACAGAAGCUGCAGAGGAAGCAUUCAUAUCUCGUCAAAUUGAAUAUCAAAAAGCUGAAGCAUUUGAAUGUACAGCAAAAAUGCUAAAGCAAAUGAUAACUCCAAUAAUUGUACCAGUAUUAUCAGUACAAUCUAUCACUGAAGUAAUGGAAGAAAUUCGAAAAGAUUUGAUAAGAUUAUCAUUUAUCGAUGAAGCAUUUCUAUUGCUUAAAGAAGCUAAUAAAGGUAUUAAUAUUGAGGUAAAAUUAAUUGAAACAACCGAUAUAAGACAAAUUAGCUAUUUGCAAUUUAAACAAGAAAUUGAAGCAAUAGAAGUGGAAACGAUAAUAAAAGAAAAACGAUUUGGUGGUAAAUUAAAUCUCAUAACGAAUGCUUCGGAAGAAUACGAAAUAAAUGCUAAAAGAGAGCUUACAAGUAAUCUUAUUAGAAUUGCACAUUGUAAUCAAUUGAUAGCAUGCAAAAAUUGCUAUCCAUCACCAAUUUCUUAUCAAUUUAUCAACAUCAAAUCAGAUUCUACUGUUGUGCAAAUAAAUUUACAAAAAAUGGAAAGUGUAGAUAAUAUCAAUUGGAUUUUUUAUCAAAAAUUAUUAUUGAAGAAGCUAAUGAUAAUGCAAGAAUGUGAAACAAUUGCAUUAACUGUUAAUUUAAAUUAUAUGAAAGAAAGUUCAAUGGAAAUUUCAGAGAUAAUUGUACAAUUGGCACGAAAUAUUGAGCCAACUAUUCUGAUAACAUUUGCAACAACAAAUGAGCAAAAAUUGGUGCAAUGGAUUUUGGAGAAACGACGUGAUGCAUUUAUGAAUGUAUCAACAACAAUUGCUGCUAAAAAUAAUUUAAAAAUUAUUCCAAUUAAUAUAAUUGAAUCAAAAUUAAUGGAAAUUACAAUUUGCGCCAAUAUUCAACGUAUUGCUGAAGUGAUUGAAGUAUGUCAAAGGAUGAUAGCAGCUAAUCAUGGUGAUAAUAUGUAUUGGAAAUUACGUGAAAUUAACGUGGAAAAUGAAUGCUCCAAUUAUCAAUUUAAACAGGAAAAUUUAAUGGAAGAAAUUGAAGGAAUAUAUUUUCAAUCAAAUUAUGGUGGUCAUUUCAUUUUCAAUACUUUUGCAAUCAAUGAAUGCAAUAUUAAUAUGUCACAACAAUUGGAAUCAAAAUUAAUUACUGAUGCUAAUAAAUCGUUGACAAUUAAUAUAUGCAAUAAUAGUAUUCCGAUUGCAUUUACAACAAAAUCAGCAAUUUCAUUGGAAUGUAAUAAAGAAAUUGCAUUGAAACGACAAUUACAAAUGGCUAAUGUAACAAUUACUCGACAACUGGCAAAUAUUAAUUUGGCAGAAAUAAUUGUAAAAGAAAUUAUUUUGCAAGCAGAAAAUAUCAUUGUAAAAUAUCAACAUAAGGAUGAGCAUGAAGAAAUUGAAAUGAUCAAAUUUGUUGCAUUUUAUGGUGGUAAACAAAAAUUGGAAACAUUAGCAGUAAGUACGAUUACUGCUAAUAUUAAUGAAGAAUUAAUAUGCAAGCAUUUAAUGCAUGCAGAUGUAUAUUUGCAGCAGAUAAUUGCAAAUAUUGCAAAACCAUGCAAAUUAACAGUGCAAUCAAGUGAAUUUAAUGAAAUCAAUCAAAAUUGUCAUCUUCAAUGGAAAGGAAUUUUUGAAAAUGAAAAAAUAAUAAUUUCAACGUUGCAUACGGCUAAUUAUGAAUUUGCUAAAAUUACAAUUCGAGAAUGUACAAAUGAAAUUGAAAUGAUUACAACAUAUUGGCAACGUAAUGAAAUGUAUGAAAAUGCUCAAUUAUGCAUUUGUGAUAAAUAUUUUGGUGGAAAUUUAAUAUUUACAACUAAUUAUGCUCAAGAAACAUUGAUUAUGUUUACAGCUUCAUUGAUUGCUUCACGUUUUAAUUUGGAAAAUGUUAUUUUGAUCAUACGUACAGCACGUCAUAGCACAGAAUCUCCUAUACUUACAACAAAAGCAAUCACCGAUUUAUCUAUUCAAUUUAAUUAUCAUUUCAAUUGUUGUUCAUCUACUGAUCAACAAACAAUGAUCAUUGCACACAUUGCUAAUCAAAUUGAACCGAUAAUUGCUCAACUAACUGAAAGUACUAGCAUCACUGAAAUUAUUAAUGUGCAAUAUCAACGACAAAAUCAACUUAUUGAUGCAUUUUCAGAAGUAUUACCAGAAGCACGUUUUGGUGGAUCAUUAAUUUUAAAUACUUUGGCUGCUAAAGAAGUAUUCAUUAGCAUUGAAAUUGUUUACAAUAAUCGAGCAUUGAAACAAUUUGAAACAGAAAUGAUUUUUAUGGAUAAAAAUCGAGCAAUUGAAAUGUGUCAACUAUUAGCAGCUACGGAAUAUAUAAUUACAACAAAUAUACAAUUGCAACGAUCAAAUGAUUUAUCAAAUGUUGAAUUGAUGAGAUAUACAUCACGUAAAGGUGAUAAACAAUGCUGUACAUUUAAUGAAUCAACAGAAAUUAAUUUAUUCAAUAAUUUCUUGUGGAAAAAACCGGAAGAAAUAAGCGCUAAUCAAGUGGCUAUUUUGAAAGAAAUACGUUAUGGUGGACAUUUGGAAUUAAGCACGAAAUAUGCAAAUGAAGAAGCUAUUACAAUUAUGGAAACAUUAAAGCAAACAAUAAAACAACUAUCUGCUACAAUAACGAGGAAAAUAGCAAAUGAUGGUGAAGCAAUAAGUAUAAAUUGUUUAGCAUCACAAGAAAAUCAUUGGAAUAUUCAUCUGGAAUUACAAUCCAACAAAUUAGCUCAAUUGGAGACAUUCGUAAUUCGUAAGAUAACAAAUUGUGUGACACCACAAGAAUUAUUUACAAAUGAAUUCAGUGAAAUGAUGCUAACAACAAAUGUUACAAUGCAAAAAUUAUUGGAUAAUGAAUUGGCGCAAAUUGCAUGGAAAGCAAAAAAUCAAGGUGAACCAAUCGAGAAACAAUGCAAUGCUUCAAAUGAAUCAUUCAUUGAGCUGUAUAAUUGCUUACAAUCUAAAUUAUCACUAAUGCAAAAUGUUGACACAUUGUUGACAAUUAAUGAAAUAUGCUAUGGUGAACAUAUAAUAAUGAAUGUAAAUGCAACAGAAGAAAUUAUUUUCAAUUUGGAUGUAUCAUUUAAAAAGGAAAAUAUGACAAGUAAACAAUACCAUACUGUCAAAGAAAUAAAUAAUGCAGUACCGGAAAUAUUGGACACAGCAGAAUGUUUGGAAAUAGCAAUACAAAUUGAUAAAUUGGAAGUGUGUAGGCGUUCUAAUGAAAUGCAUGUAGAAAGUGCUUUAAAAUUAGCUAAACAAAAAUGCUUACCUGUUUGUUUACAAACAGAUUCGGCUGAAGAAACGUUUAUACGGCAUGAAUUAGAGAUGCGUAACAAUGUGCAACGUAACAACAAUGAUGCAGUAGAAAUUGAAAAAACAACACGAAUAAUUGAACGUGAAGCAUUAACGUGUACGGAAUCACUUGUUGUGACAUUGCGACAUAAAAGUUUAGAUGAAGUGGAAGAGGAAAAAGUUGAAAAACGAGUAAGUUUUGCGGCUGAAGUAACUGAGAAAACAAUGUCAAUGGAUAUGAGUGUAACAGUGGAGCAGCAAGAAAUUCCAUUAAUUGUUAAAAAACCAAUGAAAAAGGAACAACAUGGUCGUCGGCAAACUUUAAAACAAAAUGAAGCUCCAAACUUUGUACCAGUACGUCGGAAUAGCUUAUUAUUAGCAAUGGAAAUUGGUGAUGCGCACAAUAUACCACAUUAUAAAACUUUGGAAGAUGUCAUCAAAGGUAUCAAAAAGGCUGGCUUAGAAUAUUCGAAUUUAAUAUUUGGAAUUGAUUAUACACAAUCAAAUAAAUAUCAAGGUGAAAGAACGUUUGAUGGUCGAAAUUUACAUUCUCUUAAUUCAGAUGAAAUGAAUCCUUAUCAACAGGUAAUUGAAAUUGUUGGAAAAACAUUAUCAUCAUUUGAUGCUGAUGGUGUGAUACCAACUUAUGGAUUUGGUGAUGAGGAAUCAAGUGGUCAUGGAAUUUUUAAUUUAAAUGAUCGAAAUGAUAUAAAUGCUGAAUGCAACGGUUUUGAAGAAGUUUUAAGAAUAUACAAUGAUAAAACACCAUCCAUUCGAAUGUCCGGUCCAACAAAUUUUGUACCACUCAUUGAACAGGCAGUCUCAAUUGUUCGUGAGAAGCAUUCCUAUCAUAUUUUGGUAAUUGUUGCUGAUGGACAGGUGACAAAUGAAAAGAUUAAUCAAAAAGCUAUUGCUGCAGCAUCACGUUAUCCAUUAUCAAUUAUAAUGGUUGGCGUUGGUGAUGGACCAUGGAAUAUGAUGACCAGAUUUGAUGAAACAUUACCGAAACGAAUGUUUGAUAAUUUUCAUUUUGUUGAUUUUCAUAAAGUGAUGUUCAAUGCACCAAAUCAGGAAGCAUCAUUUGCUCUUAAUGCACUGAUGGAAAUACCUGAUCAGUAUAAAGCAAUUAAGGAACUUGGCUUACUGAAGCAUUCACGACGCGGCUAG